AUGUCUCGGGAUAUAAAGCCCGCCGAACUGCCAAUCCUAGCUACCGAUGCUCAUGUCAAGUAUGUCCAGAGCCUCGACUCCAAGACCGACGAGGUCGACUACUGGCUCACCGAGCAUCUCCGGUUGAAUGGCGUGUACUGGGGGCUCAACGCCCUGCACCUUUUGCGCCGCCCGGAUGCCCUCCCCCGGCAAGACACCAUAGACUUUGUUCUCUCUUGCCAGCAUGAAAGCGGCGGUUUUGGAGCUGCCCCUGGCCACGAUGCGCACCUGCUCUCUACCGUCAGCGCCGUGCAGGUCUUGACCAUGGUUGACGGUCUCGAAGAUCUCGAAGCGCGGGGCAAGGGCCAAGGCAAGGCGCAAGUCGGGAAAUACAUGGCCGACCUGCAAAAUCGCGAAACUGGCAGCUUCUUUGGCGACGAGUGGGGCGAGGAAGACACACGAUUCCUCUACGCAGCCUUGAACGCACUGUCUCUGCUCAAAAUGGUGCAUCUCGUAGAUGUCGAUAAAGCUGUCCAGUUCAUCGCGAGCUGCGCCAACUUUGAUGGCGGCUUUGGUGCCAAGCCUGGCGCUGAAUCCCACUCGGCGCAAAUUUUUACGUGCCUCGGCGCGCUUUCCAUCGCCAACCGCCUUGACAUCGUCGACAAAGAGAAGCUCGGUCGCUGGCUCAGCGAAAGACAGCUCCCCGGGGGCGGGUUGAAUGGGCGGCCGGAGAAGAAGGAGGACGUGUGCUACAGCUGGUGGGUGCUGUCGAGCCUUGCCAUGAUUGAUCGCACACACUGGAUCGACCGGGAUGGGCUUAUCAAAUUCAUCCUGAGUACGCAAGAUCUGAAGAAUGGCGGAUUCUCCGAUGCUCGUGGAAAUAUGACGGACGUCUUUCACACAUGUUUUGGGUUGGCUGGAUUAAGCCUGCUGGGAUAUCCUGGCCUUGAGCCUGUCGACCCGCGAUAUUGCAUGCCCCAGAAGAUUACUGAAAAGGCUUUGAGCUGA